CGGCCGGGCCCACGUGCGCGGCGCCCGGGAGCCGGAGGAGCGGCGCUGCCAUGUGUUUCCGCGGGCGAGCCGCCGGCCGGGGCACCGCCUGAGCGCCCCCCGCCCGCGAUGCUGCGGGGCGCCGCGGGGCUCUGCGCGACGCGGCCGCCCCCCGUCCCCCCGCCGCCUCCUCCUCCAUGAGCGCCUCGGCGGCCCCCGUCAGGCUGAUGCCCGGCGGGCACCCGGAGCAGGCGGCCGCCAGCGCCCCAGCCGCGGGCUCGGCGCCCGAGCGGGGCAGCCCCGCCGCCGCUGUGCCCGGCGGCCCCGCUGCCGCCGCGCCGCGUCCCGCGGGGACCCCGGCGGUGAGGGGGGCCGCUCCCGGCGUCCCGCGGCCGGUGGCGCCCAAGGGGCCGCCCACAGCCGCCCUCCAGUUGCCGGCCAACUUGCAGCUGCCCCCAGGAACUGUUCUUAUCAGAAGCAGUAAUGGUCACCUAAUGCUGGUAUCUCAACAGUCAAUAGCAAAACCACAGAACCAGACACAAAACAGCACAAGUGUGAGACCAUCUGUGCCAGCCAGCACACCUGCAGUCAGAAUAUGUGCUGUGCAGAAUUCUGGCACACAGUUAGUAAAGAAAAUAGCAGCUGCUCCUGUGAAAACGUUAUCUCAAACAACAAAUGCUGUGGUUUCUACUGUUCAGACACCUGCUGUAAUACAGCCAGCAGCUGCAACAGCUAGUGUUACUACAGUUACUGCUGUAAAGCCUUUGAGUACUGGAACACCUGUAAAACUUCCAGUUACAGGACCACCUGCACAAGCUAUCUCCCAAAAGGCAGUCUCUGUGAAAGCAGAGGGCACAACAGUAGCACAGACCAGCGCUUCUACAGAGAUGCUAGAGAAUGUGAAGAAAUGCAAGAAUUUUCUUGCUACGCUAGUAAAAUUGGCAUCUAGCGGACCUCAAGCCCUUGAGAUGGGGCAGAAUGUGAAGAGUCUGGUGCAAAACCUACUGGAAGCAAAAAUUGAGCCAGAAGAAUUUACAAAAAAGUUGUACAUAGAGCUUAAGUCAUCUCCACAACCAUAUUUAGUUCCUUUUCUCAAGAAAAGCGUGCUUGCCCUAAGGCAACUAAUGCCUAAUCCUCAGAGCUUUAUCCAGCAAUGUAUGGAGCAGACAGCCCCAACUCAAGAAGUGGUUUCCACUUGUCCCUCUGCAGUACCAGCUCCUGCGACAGAAGCAGCAACUUCGACUGCAGCAACAACUGCUCUUCCAGCUGUAAAACCUGUGCCUGCCUCUGCAGCAGCCACAGCCCCUCUAGUUAUCACACCAGUCCUUGCCAGCACAUCGGCAGCUGCUCCUCUGCAGGCUGUGAAGGCCAUUCCUUCCCCUGCUGUGGGGCCAGCAUCGCUCAGGCCCGCAGCUCCCGUCCUCAGCACGCCCGUGGCAUCGUCCGGGCUGACCGCUGGCCGGCCUGGCAAGCCGCUCUUCCCCUCCACGCUGCCAGCACCCUCUCUGCAGUCUGCAAAGCCAGUGCUGGUCUCUGCAGUGGCAUCUUCAGCAGCAAACCCUCUCCAGCCUCUGAAGCCAGCCAUUGGAACCCCAAUUGGUAUUAAGAUCUCGCAGCCCAGCUCCAUGGUGGCGCGGCCAGCGGGUGCUCAGCAGGUGGUUAAAGUGAAGCAGCUGGUAGUCCAACAACCAUCGGGAACCAUUGUCAAGCAAGUAUCCACACUCCCACAGCCCUCAGUGCUCACCCUACAGACACCUGCUGAGAAGAAGGUGCCACUGAAUACACUUGUUCAAACCAACCAGUUUCCUGCAGGUUCCAUUCUGAAGCAAAUUACCUUGCCAAGAAAUCAAAUAUGGUCACUUCAAGCAUCUCCUGUUCAGAAAGCGAAAAUGAAAGAGAAUGGAGCAACAUCCUUCAGAGAUGAAGAUGACCUAAAUGAUGUGACUUCUAUGGCUGGGGUUAAUCUCAGCGAGGAGAAUGCCUAUAUUUUGGCAACAAACUCUGAGCUCAUUGGCACAGUGAUUCACUCUUGCGCAGAUGAACCAUUUCUGUCUUUGGAAGCUCUUCAGAGUAAGAUCAUGAACAUAGGAAGCAACUAUCCUUUAAGGUUUUCUUUACAUGGAAACAGUCUGAAGUACAACCAGAAAAAAGAAACUGAUGCCACUUUAACAUGUAAAAGGCAUGACAUUAUGGAACUUAACUCUGAUGUUGUGAACUUCAUCUCCCAUGCUACACAGGAGAGAUUACGAGGACUCCUAGAAAAACUAACUGUAAUUGCUCAGCACAGAGUAUCAACCCACAAGGGAAGCGAUAAGUACAUUGUAUGUAGUGACACCAGAGCACAACUGAGAUUUCUUGAGAAGCUUGAUCACCUAGAAAAGCAGAGAAAAGAUGAAGAGGAACGUGAAAUGUUGCUUCGAGCAGCCAAGAGCCGUUCCAAUAAAGAAGAUCCAGAGCAACUGCGCUUAAAGCAGAAAGCAAAAGAGAUGCAACAGUUGGAAUUAGCACAGAUGCAGCAAAGAGAAGCCAACCUCACAGCUUUGGCAGCCAUUGGACCAAGGAAGAAAAGACCAUUGGAUUCAUCAAACGUUGGAUCUGGGCUCGAGGGUUUGAACAGCAAUGGAAUUGCUGGAUCAUCAGGUUUUAGCCUUACGAAGCAGAUGCUCUGUCCAAGAGUAACCCGUGUUUGUCUCAGGGACUUGAUAUUCUGCAUGGAACAAGAGAGGGAGAUGAAGCAUUCUCUACGCUUGUACCAUGCUCUUCUGAAGUGAUUUGAAUCUUGCAUUUCACCAUGCUGUCUACUGCCAAAGAUAACACUGAAGCAUUGUUGCACUGUCUUGAAAUUCCAGUUUCUGGAAAAUGAUCCGUUGUAAGGAUAACUCUUGUUUACAGAUAAACAUUUUUAUUAAAUACCUAACUUAGCACCUGUAAAGUUUUCAAUAAUACUUGGCUUAAAUCAGUCUGUAAACCAGUGAAAACACUGAGCUGCACACAUAAGCACCUAUCUGCUUGCAUUUAACUGUUUUACAAGAUCUGAGGGCUUGAUAAGUGUCCCUAGUUUAUGUAUGCCACUUGCUUCAGUACUCCAGAGUCUGCAACAUCUGUUCUAUGUGUAGUGCCACCUUCCAACCCAAUCUUAUUUGAGGAAACAAAUAUCACUAUAAUGGCCCAGCAUAGCAUGGCAACGGUAUUUAAUCAUGAACCAGCAGUCAGUAAACAUGUUGAUGUAUUGCCUGUCUGACUCAAUAUCUUAAAUAUUCUGGGUUUAGAAUUACUACUGGAUGCUCAUUUGUGGAGAUCAAAGUAGCAAGCAAAAGGAAUGAGGGGUCCUUUCUACCCCACACUUUGCCUCAAUUGCCCUCAGCCUUUCCUCUGAGAGGAAAAUGACAGAGGCAAGGAGGACAAAUCAGUCAUUCUUGUAAUUGAAGUACAUCACAUGGUGUAGUUAGGGCAUACUUGGAUGGUCAUAGAAAAUUUGGAGUUACUAAAAAUAAAAGGAGUAAAAGAUCCUAAAAAGGGAAGUUAAACAGAAAAAACAGUUUAUCUUUCUGUGGAUACAAAAAAUAGCAUUGAACUUGAGCAUAGAUGUGGAAAGAUAGUAACAAAACCUGUUCUGACUACAAUAAAGGAAAAAGUUGAGAUGCAUUAAAACUCUGGAGGUGAAGACUCUCCUUGGAGAGGAGCAGUGUUUGCAAAGCACAGGAUUCACUGCUUUAGAAUAUUGUUUUAAUACUUUAAUGUGGUGUAACAGGGAAGCUUCUCAAAUAGAAAGUAUUUAGAGAGUUGCUUUGUUCCCAUUCAGUGAGAAGGAGGACUCUGGAUUAUAAAGACUGUUUGAACAGGUUCAGAGAUUGUCUACUUUCUGGUAAAGACUGGCUUGUGGUGGAAGGAAAGCCCUCUGGGUCACCCUUCUCCCCAGGCUCCAAACGUUGCCUUUCAUGACACAGCACUGUAUAGUAUGGCUGUUUCCCAGGACUGGUGGGAAAGACACUGACUGCAUUCAUGGAAUGACAGAAUAUCCCGAGUUGGAAGGGACCCCCCUCAAUGAUCAUCGAGUCCAACUCUAAACUGAACGGCCUGCACAGGGAUUGAACACAGAACAUGAUUACACCAUGCUCUAACCAACUAUUGAAUGGCCUCCUGCUGAAUUUUCUUUUAUUUGACAAGAAACAAGCUUCCUAUGGUUACUUGGCAUGCUACUUCAAAACUUGAAGCGACUGUUCACACAACUACUCUGCACUAUCAGAACCACUGUAGAUGGUUACCAAAUUCAUGAAGUUGUGAAUUGGUUAUGUUGGUUUUUGUUGGAACAGUAGUAAACAAAUCUAGUAAAUGAAUACUGUAAAUUAUUUAUAUAUGUAUAUAUAGUUUAUAUAUAUAUAUAUAAGAAAAGCAGUACUUUGACUAUAGUUUGCAAGAUAUUGAUGGCAUCGGGCAAAAUUGUUUUGUAUUAUUAAAUGCUUAGCUUUACUUUUUAUGUAAAGUGCAGCAUUUUCCAUACUUGUGUACUGUUAUUGAUCAGAUGUUAAAAAUUAUUUUAAAUACUGCAUUAAAGCAAUUAUUUUAUUAAAAAUAA